AUGGAGCAGCCCGCAUCGAGCAUCGAGGGCAUGUUCACUGCUGACCACGGAUCUGGUCCUCCCGCUGAGAGCCACGUUGAAUCCCAACGAGCGAUCGAUCCGCAUACCUCUCUCGAGGACUACAACCGUACCAUGCUCGAGUAUACACAGAAGCAGAUGACGUCUUUUGUUGACCUCGACGACGGUAACAGCAGCGGCACCAGCAGCCGCAGUAGCCAAAGUAGUGGCAACAGUGGUAACAGCCGUUCCGGCAAUGGCGUACUCGCACGUCAAGCCAACGGCCCUCCUCCUACAUCCGCAAGUGCGCAGCGCUCUGCUAUGCAUCGCACUGGACAGAUUCCUGCCAGUCCGAACGAGGCCAAGCCGUCCCGCUACUAG